GGCCUUCCUAGGACCCCCCCUCCGGCUGCACAGCCUGAGGUGCGUUCACCCCCCCGCAUCCAGCCGUCUGUCCGUCCCCGCGCCCUGCGCCUUUCCUGCCGUUUGUAGCUCCCUCUAACUCCGUUUGCUGCAAAAAGCAGAAAUUGCACAAAUUGGUGCGAGACCGGCGCCGGGUGGGUUGAGCCUUCAGCCACGCUCAUUUUCUCGUUCCUUUCGCAGCCCUGCGUAUUUUCCUUCCCGCCCCGUGCAUGGGGAGGCCAGCUGGCAGCAGCUUUUUAUUUUUUAUUUUUUAUUUUUUGCAAAAAUAAUCCACUUUUUUUCUGCGCUGAACCUGGAAGGUUAACCCUUUGCCCCCUGUGCCGUGCACACAGCUCAUGCUGCACGUGCUCUCCUCUCGGCGGCUUUGCCUAGUGUCGCGGCAUCCUUUUAGAUGGAGAAAAAAAAAAACCAUAAUUACUAAUUAACCAGCACUGGGCGUUGUGCAGAUCCCUGCUCCUUCCUGCAAAGAGCAAAACCCCACGUUUCAGACCCAUUUGUCAAGGAGGGGGAGCCAAAAAAGGGGAGCGUUUUGCUUCUGUUCCCCUACGGGGGUGCAGCGCUGUGCGGUGUACGGCGGGGGCGUUAAUGGCAAAUGGCAAAAAAUCCCCCUCGCCCCCCUGCCGCUUAGCUCAGAAAUGCAGUUUUGGUUGCGAGCUUGGAUGCAAAAUCAGGAACGAAUGGGAGAGCACCUGCGGGCUGGGGUGUUCGGUGGCCUUGCCCUACCCCGCAUGCAAAAAAAAUCCCCGCGAGAUCGAGGUGGCUGCGGGGAGGCUGACCAAUUCUCCCCGUUGCAGAAACUCGAGGGCUCCAAGUGCCGAGGGCAGCUCCUGAUCUUCGGAGCCACCAACUGGGACUUGAUCGGCCGCAAAGAAGUGCCUAAGCAGCAAGCUGCGUAUCGGAACCUGGGCCAGAAUCUCUGGGGGCCGCACCGCUAUGGGUGUCUCUCAGGUAUUCAGGUGCGGAGCGUGGUGUCGGGACCCUGCGCGGCUCACAGCCUCCUCAUCACCACCGAGGGCAAGCUCUGGAGCUGGGGUCGCAACGAGAAGGGGCAGCUGGGCCACGGGGACACCAAGCGCGUGGAAGCCCCCAAGCUCAUCGAGGUGCUGGGCAGCGAGGCCAUCGUGCUGGCAGCGUGCGGCCGGAACCACACGCUGGCUCUCACCGAGAGUGGCUCCGUGUUCGCCUUUGGGGAGAAUAAAAUGGGGCAGCUGGGGCUUGGCAACCAAACGGAUGCUGUUCCAAGCCCUACACAGAUCAUGUACAACGGGCAGCCCAUCACCAAAAUGGCCUGCGGGGCCGAAUUCAGCAUGAUCAUGGACUGCAAAGGAAACCUCUACUCCUUUGGGUGCCCCGAGUAUGGGCAGCUGGGGCACAACUCGGAUGGGAAGUUCAUCGCCCGCGCGCAGCGGAUCGAGUACGACUGCGAGCUGGUGCCGCGCCGCGUGGCCAUCUUCAUCGAGAAGACCAAAGAUGGGCAGAUCCUGCCCGUCCCCAACGUGGUGGUGCGGGACGUGGCGUGCGGGGCCAACCACACGCUCGUCCUGGACUCGCAGAAGCGUGUUUUCUCCUGGGGCUUCGGCGGCUACGGGCGGCUGGGCCACGCGGAGCAGAAGGACGAGAUGGUGCCGCGGCUGGUCAAGCUCUUCGACUUCCCGGGCCGCGGGGCAGCGCAGAUCUACGCCGGCUACACCUGCUCCUUCGCCGUCAGUGAAACGGGCGGCUUGUUUUUCUGGGGCGCCACCAACACCUCCCGCGAGUCCACCAUGUACCCCAAAGCCGUGCAGGAUCUGUGCGGCUGGAAGAUCCGCAGCCUGGCUUGUGGGAAGAGCAGCAUCAUCGUGGCGGCCGAUGAGAGCACCAUCAGCUGGGGGCCAUCUCCCACCUUCGGAGAGCUGGGCUACGGGGACCACAAGCCCAAGUCGUCGACGGCUGCCCAAGAGGUGAAGACCUUGGAUGGGAUCUACACGGAGCAGGUGGCCAUGGGCUAUGCCCACUCGCUGGUGAUCGCCCGUGACGAGAGCGAUGCCGAGAAGGAGAAGCUGCGCAAGCUGCCCGAGUACAACCCCCGCACCCUCUGAGGGGCCGGGGGGCAGCCGAGCCGCCCGCCCCGGUUUUCCAAGCGAUCCGCGGUUUUAACUACCUGUUCUCCUACAAUUUCCAAAGCGUUGGGUUUUUCCCUCACCACCACGGCCAAGACCUUCCCCCGUGGCUGUUUGAGUUCCCAUCCCAACCCUAGCAGGACCUUUUGGCACAUCCAGGCUUUUUCGUUGUUGUUUUGUUGGUUUUAUUUUUUUAAUUUUUUUUUCCCAUUUUUCUGCUGUUUCGCACAGAAAGGAAGGUGCCGGGUUCGCCUGAACAGGUGUCCAUUUUUUUUUACUAUUAUUUUUCCUUUUCCUAGCCACAAAUUUCCCCACAAGCACCCAGUUGCGGGCUCAGAGCGAAACUCAAGCAAAACACCGCAAAAUGCCUUUUUUUUCCCCGCAGCGUUGCAUUUUUUUGGCAUUUCCCCCAAGCAGCCUCCACUUCGGGCGCUGUAACGCUGCGGUUCUGACCCCCAGCAUCCCUUUUUCCCAGGGGGAUUUGGGGACAAGCCUGUUGUCCCUCGCUCUCGGGGGACAAAGCGGGUCCUCUCCCCAGCCCUGCAUCCUUUGGGGGCUGGAUGCCCCCAAGCCGCCUGCCCCCCGCUUUCGCGCCCCCCAAGCCCCCCCCGCUGCCCAUCCCAGGGCGAUCUCAGGUAUGAAGAGCGGGCCCUGAAGCGUCGUGCAAGCUUUUUCCUUUUUUUUUUUUUCUUUUUUUGUUAAUUAUUAUUAUUUUUAUUAUUAUUAUUGUUUCCACCGCCUGGUAUCUGCCAAAAGCCCCUCCUCAGGCAACGCUGUGCACUGUGCUGGAGAAACGAGGUGCCUUUAUACGCAGAGCCCGGCUCUGCCUCCACAAAACCCAAGGGUGAUUUUUUUUUUAUUAUUUUAUUUUAUUUUUUAGUUUUUAGGGUUUAUUUUGAUUUUGUUUUUAAUUCCUUUCCGCUCUCCCUGGCAGGUUGCUGGCGGUGCGCCGCGUGGCCCUGCGGGGAAUUUUGCAGUACUUUAUGGAAAAAAAGAAAAAAAAAAAAAGAAUUAAAAGGGGGUUCUUUAUGUUUGCUUUGGGGGUUAUUUUGGGGGUUGUUUUGGUGUGUUAGAGUCAAAACGUCCAGGACCGGGAGAGCAGCAGGGUGGAGAAGUUGGAUAUUUUGUUUUCUUGAGCAAUAUUAGCAUGUGCUGCAAGCACCCAGCCCUUCCCAAAGUGGGUGGUGAGGAGGUGGGUGCAUGCAGCACCCCACAACGGGGCUUUUCUAGCCUUAUCCCCCGUUUUUUUUCUACCUGCAAUGAAUAUUUCAGGGUCGUCACCAUCAGCUGCCUACCCCAAAUGGGCACGAGGGGAUGCUGUGACCCUGUCAUGAUAGGGGGGGGAAAAAACAGCAAAAACCCACUUUCACCUCCAAAAGCAAUUUGGGCUCGUCCUGCUUUUACACAAAACGUUUGAGGCUCGAAUCGAUGCUCCUGGUAAUGCUCUCCCCCAUGAGCCGCCGUGUCCUGGCAGCGGGCGAGCGAAGGAGGAGGCUGGAAGAAUAAAAUAAUAAUAAACCACGAGGCUCUCGGAGCAACGUUCCUUUUAGGUGAGACGACAGGUUCCUGGUUUUAGUGCUGUAAUUGUCUUCUUCAUGUUUUUUUUUUUUUUUUUUAUAUAUAUAUUUCUUGGAGUAAAUGUUUAAAUAAACAACGUCAUUGUGUA